AUGAGGAGAAAUAGGACUAGUGGCGGUGCAAUAACCUCCUCUUCGCAAGGCACUGAUGAUGCUGACCUGAUGCUGACCAUGCGAGAAAUUGCUGGAGUUAUGUCUCAGAGUGAAGGUAGUGGGAUGAACUCCAUGACCGCACUAAAGGAGUUCUGGAGGCAAAACCCUCCAGUGUUCAACACUGAGCCUGAUCCGAUCGUGACCAUAACAAAAUAUGCAACCAUCUUAUCCACAAUAGGCUUAACCCCAGAAGUAUGCACAAACUAUCUCGAUGAUGGGACAUACAUCAUAUGCCUCUACUGCCCCGUUUGGAUCCUAGCAACCUAUGAGGCAAAAUCAAGGCAAGGGAAGCGGUGGACAUAG